AUGUUUGCAGAGGAAUAUGGUGACUACUUUGAGGGUGAUAUGCUCUUAACAGAGGCGCAACGUAAAGAGAUUGAAAAUGCGAAAAUUUCCGACGAGGACAACGAAGACAAUACACCUAAAAACGGGCUGAUCUAUGCUCAUUUACGCUGGCCGAAUAAUACUGUUGUGUAUGAUAUCGUCGAGGGUGAUUUCAACAAGGAACAAAAAAGAAUGUUUGAAGACGGUUUACAAGAAAUUGCGGGUAAAAGUUGUGUUCGAUUUCGUAGGAGAAAAAGCAAAGAUGAAUACGCCGCCAUUUUACAGGGUAAGCGCGAUGGUUGCUACUCUGAUGUAGGGUACAACAAGGCAGAUAGUAAGAAAAAUCAAAGGAUCAACCUGUCUAAAAAUUGUUUCGUACAUGGCACUAUAGUACAUGAGAUACUGCACACUAUUGGAUUUUUCCACAUGCAGAGCACUUACGAUAGAGAUGACUAUGUCACAAUUUUUUGGGAGAAUAUUGAAACUGGUAAAGAAAGCAAUUUCGCUAAGUAUACCAAUAGAACAGUAACAGAUUUUGGACUUCCGUACGAUUAUGGUAGUGUGAUGCAUUACGGGGAGAAAGCAUUCUCUAAGAAUGGGCAAAACACCAUGACUCCAAAAAAGGACGGUGCAAAGAUCGGUCAUAGAAAAGGUUUAUCAAAAAGUGAUAGCAUAAAAUUGAACAGAAUGUACAACUGUCCAAAAGAAGAAACUACUACGGCAAGAGAAACAAUAAUGGAUUGGAAUUUCUUGAAUGGUCUACCUAAACCAUGGCAGUAUUUGCAUUGA